UAUGGAAACGGCUACAAACACGAUUCAGCGAGACGUGAGUGACAUAAAAACAUGUCCAGGUCUCCGAGCUUAAGCUAAUCUUUUGUUAAUUCAUUAAUUAACGUCAGCUAGCGUGCUGAUGAUAUGAUUGUGAACGAACUGAUUCAUUUAAACGUCGAAUCAUUCCGUGUUUACCCCGUGAAAAGUUGAUCAACAAGGUAACCAAGACAGAAGAAUAAUGUCCGACUCUGAUGAACGUGAUGUGUUAAGAGCAGAGACUGAGGAAGAGGAUGAUCCUGAGAGAAAAGAGAAGAUUUCAGGACAAGACGAUCAGCUAAAGCCCUGGCCACUAACCCAGGACAUGAUGGUGAAAAGCUUGUCCUUAUUGUGUCGCACAGGGAAUGGUCUGUCUCAUGCAUAUGUCAGACUUGACCUUAAAAGCAAGGGUCUGACAGACCUGGCCUUGCUCAGCUCCUUCAUCCAUCUGCGCUACUUGGACAUCUCCUCCAAUCAUUUGUCAGACUUCUCUCCUUUGGCUGAUCUCACCCAGCUGUUGUGGGUGAAAGGAGAUGGAAACCAUCUUCAGAGGUUUGAGGGUCAGCCGUUUGGCAAGCUCACUUACCUACAGUGGCUCAGCUUUGCCAACAACCGCCUAUUUGAUGUUAAAGGUUUUGGAGGUCCAGCACUGGAAACCCUCAAUCUCACUGGUAAUGGUAUCCAAAGUAUGCAGGGUCUGGAAUAUCACAAUCUGACCAAUUUGGUGACUCUCGAGCUCAGAGGAAAUUGUUUGGAAACUACAGAUGGCAUUUGCCUCCCCAAUUUACGCCAUUUGUAUCUGGCUCAAAACAACAUAAAGCGAUUGGAGGGUUUGGAGAAGCUCCAGCAUCUCAGCACUCUUCAUCUCAGAGAUAACCAAUUGGAAACACUAGAUGGACUUAGUCCCAACAUGAAAUCUCUCCAAUAUCUUAAUGUCAGGGGGAACCUUAUAUCUUCAAUGAGGGCUUUGCAAACUCUAGUGAAUGUAGGGCAAACACUGAAGGCACUUGUGCUCUCGGACAACCCUUUAGCAAAGACUGAUGAUUACAGGCUGUAUGUGAUCUCACAUCUCUCUCAGCUGGAGCGACUGGACAAGGAUCCCAUCACACCUGGAGAGAAGUCUGAGGCCCAGGAGAAGGAUUUUGAAGAUGAAUAUGCUGAAGAUCAAGAGGAUAAUUGAACAGGCUUUGCUACAUUGAAUAUCCUUGCAAAUAUAGUUUUGUAUUCAAUAAAGUCUACGAUCAUAAACAGUUCUGGUUUAAUUUCAUGCAAUAUAGCUCCUGAUGUGGUU